UGGAAUCUUCGGAAAGCUUUCAAGUUUCCAGCCAUCCAUCCUCACCAGUCUCUUUAUCUCUCCACCACUCCAUUCCUUGUUUUGUUUUUUUUAUUGCCAGUCUCCAUCACAAUGGCCAAUGCUGCUGACCUGGAGAUUAAAGCCAAGGCCCUCGUUGAAGUUCUGAAGAGCUAUCCUUCUAAAUCCGUUACAUGGGCCGCCAAUAUCACACAGACCUGCAAGGAUGUGAACCUCCUAGCCCCCCUGGCCACAUUGAUGCUUGCCUCUUAUCAACAAUGCGAUGAGAAUCUGUCUGCAUUCAAGAAUGUUCCCAAUGCAGAUGAAACUGUUCGCACUAGUUUGUUCUGA